GGUCUGAGGCGGGGCAGGGCCUGGGCGCUCAGGCGGCAGCCGCUGCGGGGUACCCAGGAAGAGGGCGAGGGGUCUGGGCCGGGCCUGGUGCGCUCCGGCCGGGCAGGGAAGCGAGCAGAACCGGGCAGCAGGAAGAUGGCAGAGCCGGAGAUUCAGCAGCUGCUAGGCGUGGGGCUGAUUGAAAAAGACACCAAUGGAGAUGCUCUGUGGGUAUGGUGUUAUCCUUCCACAACGGCUGAAAUGAGGGAUCUAUUGCUGAGAAAAUGCUGCCUUACAGAUGAAAAUAAACUGCUUCACACCUUUGUAUUUGGCCAGUAUAGAAGAUCAUGGUUCUAUAUCACAACAGUGGAAGUUCAAGAUUCUUCAGUCUUGAAAAAGGUGACUCACUUUUCUAUUGUUCUGACUGCCAAAGAUUUUAACCCGGAGAAAUAUGCUGCCUUCACUAGGAUAUUGUGUAGAAUCUACCUGAAGCAUGGGAGUCCAGUUAAAAUGAUGGAGAGUUACAUUGCAGUCUUUACAAAGGGGAUCUGCCAGAGUGAAGAAAAUGGAUCUUUCCUCAGCAAAGAUUUUGAUGCCCGAAAGGCUUACCUUGCAGGUUCAAUCAAAGAUAUAGUAUCUCAGUUUGGUAUGGAAACGGUUAUCCUAUUCACUGCACUGAUGUUAAAGAAAAGAAUUGUUGUAUAUCACCCAAGAAUAGAAGUCGUCCAGGAGUUUACCAGAACUCUACCUGCUUUAGUGUGGCAUCGACAGGACUGGUCAAUUCUUCAUUCGUAUGUUCACCUAAAUGAUGAUGAACUGGAAGCAUUAAAGACCUGCACAGGUUACAUUGCUGGAUUUAUAGACUCCAAAGUGAGCAAUAGACCAGAUCUAUAUGAUGUGUGUGUGAAUUUGGCAGACAGUGAAAUUACCAUUUCCCAGCAAUCAAAAGAGGCAAUGACAAUGGGAAAAUUGCACAAAGAAAUUGGCCAACUCAUUGUUCAGUCUGCAGAAGAUCCAGAUAAAUCAGAUAGUCAAGUAAUUAAGGAUAUUUCACUGAAGACAAAAGAAAUUUUGACUAAUCUGGCAUCAUUUACUGAAGUUUCUGAUGAUGGUGAGAAACAGACACUUAACUUUGGAGCCCUAAAACAAAAGCGAUAUCCACCAGCUACAGAAAACUUUCUUUAUCAUCUAGCAGCUGCUGAACAAAUGCUUAAGAUCUGACUUUCUUGAUAUACUUCACUGUUGUGGACCAAUAUGAAACUAUUAUCUUUGCCAUAAAACUAUGACUAUCUGCUACUUAUAUAAAAAACUAAAGGUAGCAAAGAAAAUGUUACAUUUUAAUGAUGUAAUGCAAAAUAUAGACAUACGACCCAGAACAUGCAGCUACACAUUAGGACAUAUUUCUAGUCUUUUUACUUUUCCUUGACUUUGACUUUAUACACACAAGGGCAGAUACUCAAAAACACAGCCUGAGUUGGGCACCUGAUUUGUGUUUGUGCCUUUGAAAUCUUCCCCCUUACUCUGUAACAUUAUAGAACUGGACAUACUGGUAUAAACAAAUUGAAAUCAGAUACACUGAAAGUAACACUGAAAACUGGAAGAUGGUUAGAGCAGUAAAACUAUACCUGUUUGUCUUGUUGUGUAGCCAUAAAGUAACAGGUUUUCAGUAAGCAGUCUGAAACUAACUUUGCUUUGUAAUCUUCUGGGAAGAACUUGAAUUCUUUGUAAGGAAACCUACUUUUUGAGCCAAGCAUCCAAUGUUUCUGCAGAAAUGUCCAUGAAACCAGUCAAAAGGUUCUGCAGUAGCACUUUUGUUAUAUGAAAAAUCAAACGUUUUUUUUUCCUGGCCUUUGCACAGAUGGGUGUAGCAUGUGGUUUUACAUAGAGAUUUUAUACUUACGAUAAAAAAUUUAGUAAUCCAUAUUUAUACUAUUAAAAAUUGAAUGUUUGGUAUCUUGAAGCUGUAAGAACUCAUAAUUAACUAUGUACAAGCAAUAUUAAUUUGAGAUUUUUGUUUAUGUAUUGUAAAAUAAGGAAGUCUAUUUUAGAAUAUGGAUAAGGAAUUAGGUAUCUAUAUAUAAAAUAACUACUUAUUGCAGUUAGUCUGAGAGAACUGCUACAAUCCCCUAUUUUCAGGGGUAUAUAAUCCUACUUCAGAUAUUUACUUGAGACAAAGUUUGCAAUUAGUUUAGACACAGAAGCAUUUUUUAAAUGAAUGGCAUAUUGACUGUGUUUUGAAUAUCAGUACUCUCUGACUUUUUUCCGUUUGUAUAACUUAAGGAGUGUUUUUUAAUAGUCCAGAUAAGUUUAAAGAUCAUAUAGAAAGAAACACAGUUUGGACCUGAGCCUUAUGUCCAUUGAAGUUAGUCUUUCCACUGAGUUCAACAUGUUUUGGAUCAGGUCUUGAGCAUCUCUAUAACUACAGGGUUAGAGUGAAAAUUUCUUUCCAUGGAUUCUUCAGAAAAAAGCAAGCUUUAUUAAAAUAACAUGUAGUUGAAAUAACAUGCAUGGUUUAGGAUAACUCACAAAAAAACAGAGUUCUCAUUUGCCAACUAAAUAUUUGAUAUUUGUUCUCUUUUACGUUCAGUCUGGGAGACUCUAGUUGCAAAUUUCCUUAUUGUUUGUCUCAAACCUUUCAUUCUAAUGUUUUUGUAUGAAAACAAAGAAACUUAAUUUUGCACUUCAGGAAUUAUACACAUAGCAAAGUUAUGCCUAUAAAAAAAUGAUUUUUUUUUCCUGAACCCCUUGCCCUGUGUAUUUCAUGUAAAUUGUGCUUGAAUAGUCAUGGUCAUCAAGUCACAGGCUUCAGCUCUUUAAUUACAAUAAAAUAAUAGAAAUAUUUA